UCCCGAAACCCCCGGCUGUUAGUGCUGUGUGAGUGCGUGUGUGCUCCGGAGCUUGCCUCGGCACACAUUAUAUAAAAAAUAAAAAAAUACAAAAAAAUUAAAAAACUUUUAAAAACUCCAAAAAAUCCUUUUUUUUUUCUUUUUUUUAUAAAUAAAAAUCGGUGAAGUGGGAUCCGGAGGCCUUGAAACAUCGCAACAACCCAGAAAGAAAAAAAAAACAGUCUGUGAGCUCUCGAAGGCCUAGCGGUUUGCUUGAUUCGUUUAAUAUUUUUGCUCGUUUUAAUUUUUUCCGUUGCCCUUAAUAUUCGUCAUUUUAAACGACCAACCGCCUGAACCCCUCCAGCGAAGUCAUCUUUUACCCGACGGAUGUAAGUUUUAACAAUUGGCGUUUUUAAAUUACCUUGACAGACAACUAACGUUAUAUUCUGACGUGGUUGAACUCAUACGUUAGCUCCGCGAAACAUAACGUACAAGAAAUUUAGCGAGUUCACCACUGCGACUGAAGAGAAAAUGAACCCCAGCGCUCCUAGUUACCCCAUGGCCUCCCUGUAUGUUGGGGACCUGCACCAGGACGUGACUGAAGCCAUGCUGUACGAGAAGUUCAGCCCGGCCGGUGCCAUCCUCUCCAUCCGCGUGUGUAGAGACAUGAUCACCCGCAGGUCGCUCGGUUAUGCCUAUGUCAACUUCCAGCAGCCUGCAGACGCUGAACGGGCUCUAGACACAAUGAACUUUGAUGUCAUCAAAGGUAGACCUGUCCGCAUCAUGUGGUCUCAGCGUGACCCUUCUCUGAGGAAGAGCGGCGUCGGAAACAUCUUUAUUAAAAACCUGGAUAAGUCUAUUGACAACAAAGCUCUUUAUGACACCUUCUCAGCGUUUGGCAACAUCCUCUCAUGCAAGGUGGUUUGUGACGAGAAUGGCUCAAAGGGCUACGGCUUUGUGCACUUUGAGACCCAGGAGGCUGCUGAAAGAGCCAUUGAGAAAAUGAACGGCAUGUUGCUGAAUGACAGAAAAGUGUUUGUCGGCCGCUUCAAGUCCCGCAAGGAGAGGGAGGCUGAGCUUGGUGCAAGAGCCAAAGAGUUUACCAACGUCUACAUUAAAAACUUUGGAGAAGACAUGGAUGAUGACAAACUUAAGGACAUCUUCAGCAAAUACGGUAAUGCUAUGAGCAUCCGUGUCAUGACUGAUGAAAAUGGGAAAUCUAGAGGCUUCGGGUUUGUGAGUUUUGAAAGGCACGAAGACGCUCAAAGGGCUGUGGAUGAGAUGAAUGGCAAAGAAAUGAAUGGAAAGCUCAUCUAUGUGGGUCGUGCUCAGAAAAAAGUGGAGCGUCAAACUGAGCUCAAGCGCAAAUUUGAACAGAUGAAGCAGGACCGCAUGACGCGCUACCAGGGUGUCAAUCUCUAUGUGAAGAACUUGGAUGAUGGUAUUGACGAUGAGCGUCUGCGUAAAGAGUUCUCUCCCUUCGGUACAAUCACCAGUGCCAAGGUCAUGAUGGACGGUGGUCGCAGUAAAGGCUUCGGUUUUGUCUGUUUCUCUUCUCCUGAGGAAGCCACUAAAGCUGUGACUGAGAUGAAUGGUCGUAUUGUAGCCACUAAGCCAUUGUAUGUGGCUCUUGCUCAGCGUAAAGAGGAACGGCAGGCUCAUCUCACCAAUCAGUACAUGCAGAGGAUGGCCAGUGUCCGUGCAGUGCCAAACCCUGUUAUCAACCCCUACCAACCUGCACCUCCAUCAGGAUACUUCAUGGCUGCCAUUCCACAGGCCCAGAACAGAGCUGCGUAUUACCCUACCAGUCAGCUGGCCCAGCUCAGACCAAGCCCUCGCUGGACCACACAAGGCGUCCGGCCUCAACACUUCCAGAACAUGCCAGGCACGAUGCGCCCGUCUGCCCCCAGACCCCAGACCUUCAGCACCAUGCGACCAGCAUCCCAGGUGCCCCGCAUGAUGUCCACUCAGCGUGUCGCUACUCAGACCAUGGGUCCACGUCCUUCCACUGCAGCUGCUGCUGCUUCUGCUCCUCCAGUGCGUGGCGUGCCUCAGUACAAAUAUGCCCCCAGUGUCCGCAACCCUCAGCAGCACAUGAACUCACAGCCUCAGGUUACCAUGCAGCAGCCUGCUGUGCAUGUGCAAGGACAGGAACCGUUGACGGCCUCCAUGCUCGCUGCUGCUCCUCCACAGGAACAGAAGCAGAUGCUGGGUGAGCGUCUCUUUCCACUUAUCCAGAAUAUGCAUCCUAGCUUGGCUGGCAAGAUCACUGGUAUGUUGCUGGAAAUCGACAAUUCUGAGCUCCUCCACAUGCUGGAGUCUCCAGAGUCCCUGCGCUCCAAGGUUGAUGAAGCUGUGGCUGUACUCCAGGCUCACCAGGCAAAAGAAGCCGCUCAGAAAACAGUCACAAACUCUACUGGUGUGCCAAGCGUCUAAGCCAAGGGUUUGCCACCUUGAAUCUUCACUGGGAGGGGAAAAAGUAAACAUCGAAAAAAACGAAAACACAGAAAACAUCGCAAAACAUCUAAAAGAAUAUUUAAAAAAGAAACUAGAAGGAGCCAGGUCUAGAGACGAGCAUUCUAGGCCUAGUUAUGGUAUUUUAAAAACUGAAUCUUAAAAAAGAGAAAAACCUACUAAAAAAGUAAAGUUCGGGGUUUAAAAAAAACUACAGUAUAGAGAAUAAACAGCCGUAAAGUGUUCCUGCAUUGUUUUAUUGCUUUUAAUUCCUGGCUAUGUCAUGUUCUUGGAAGGGAGGUUAGAACUGGCAGAACCAGCAAUGUGAAGUUAUUUUAAAUCGAAAAUAUGCUUGCUCAAAUAAAGUUCAUUUAAAUGCA